CAGCUGCCCCUGCCGCACGGAGAAGUGCACGGGCCGGAGAGCGUCGCCUUCGACGCUCAGGGCCGAGGCCCGUACAGCGUAUCCGACGGCCGUAUCCUGAGAUCGAAUGGGCCCAAGCUCGGCUGGACAACAUACGCCUACGGACCAGGCUACGACAGCGAAACGUGCACGACAUCCAGGUUUGGCACGGAGGCGGACAUAGAGAGCCGCUGCGGCCGCCCGCUUGGCCUGCGCUUCAACGAGAAAACGGGCGACCUCUACGUGGCCGAUGCAUGCAAAGGGCUUAUGCGUGUGCCGCCCGGCGGUGGGGAGGCCACCGUGUUGGCCGACCAGAUUGAUGGCAUGCCGUUGCGCUUCACCAACGGGGUUGACGUCGAUCAAGUCACCGGUCAAGUCUACUUCACCCACAGCUCGAUGAACUACGACAGGUCUGAACACGAGAUGGUCACCAAGACGGGGGACUCCACAGGCCGCCUCAUGAUGUAUGAUCCACGAACAUCGGACGUCAUCAUGCUCCAACCUAGGAUGACAUACCCGAACGGUGUCUCGCUCAGCACCGACCGCACGCACCUCGUGGUCGCAUCUACCGGCCCAUGCAAGCUGCUGAGGCACUGGAUAAGAGGGGUCGACGCGGGCAAGUCCGAGCCAUUUGCCGACCUGCCGGGCUACCCAGAUAAUGUCAGGCCCGACAGGAAAGGAGGUUAUUGGGUGGCGUUGCACCGUGAGAAGAAUGAGUUGCCUUUUGGCCGUGAUAGCCAUCUUCUUGCUGUCAGGGUCGGGGCCGAUGGGAAGAUAGUCGAGCAGAUGAGAGGGUCAAAGAAAGUCAGGCCAACCGAGAUCAUGGAAAGAGAUGACGGCAAACUCUACCUGGGUACGGUGGAGCUUCCUUAUGUCGGCGUAGUAAAAAGGAAGUAGAGAGAAGUAGAGAAUAGUAUGUAUAGGAGGGCUUUUAGUUUUUUAUUAUUCUUGCCGCUAAAUAUAAUGCUCCAGUUUCUUUUUGUAUCAGGCAAACUAUUGUAAUCCUUAUUUUUAUGAUCAGACCAUUUGUUUUUUGCUUCAUUUUAAUGUCCGGCAUGAUACUGAUGUCGUUUACUGCCAUGCGCUAGAGAGAUGCAAACUUGAAGAUAUAGGAUGGAUUUAGUUUCUUAUUAUUCUUGCGGCUAUAUGUAAUGCUCCAGUUUCUUUUUUAUCAGGCAAACUAUUUAAUCCAUAUUUUUAUUAGCAAACCAUUUGUUUUUUGCUUCAGUUUAAUGUCAGCCAAGUAACCGAUGACGCUUACUGCUAUGCGCUAGAGAGAUGCAAACUUGAAGAGACGGACGUAGGGCGUGUCAACGGAGCCGAUCCACAGCAAC